UCCAGAACACGGGACAGAUAGGGUCUGCGUGUUAGCUAGCGCUGUGUGUUAUCAUUAUACUACUACAGGCUGCUACCCCUGUCAACACGUUACAUAGGCCACCGCGUAUUGACCAAGCUCCCCCGUGGAUUUCCCUGUCACGAUAUUUUAUAUGAUAUAAUUACCAGUAGACACGAGUCGCCGACGUCGAAAGCCAUCUUUACAUAACACGGCCGUACAGUGAUUCAGAACGACAAUAACAACAAGUUAAUAACACAAUUCUGCCUCAAACGAAGACAAAUUGGCGUUGUGGUGUGGCUUACAACUGGAUACUACAGAGCGGGCCAAAUCUGGACGAGAGAAACGGACGAGUGUCUACAAUAUAUGCUGACGGUGUCGUCUUGUGGUCGCACGGAAUCGGAUUAGUAUUAACAAGACCUGACGGAGACCAUGUCAAGAUGGCUUGGCGAGAUGUUCACAACUUAAUGCCACCCACGCGGAAGAGAGAAAACGUAAUCUCCAAGUUGAUGUAGACAAGGAAGAAAAAUUGUAACGUUACAAAAGCUAACGGUUUUUGGAGCAUUUGGGCUUUCCCACGGUGGUCCAUGGAUACUAUAUUACCCACGGAUACUGUCUAGGCCUAAGGAUACUGUUUGGGCCUAUAGAUACUGUCUGGGCCCAUGGAAUGAUGGAUACAGUCUAGUCCCACGGAUACUGUCUAGUUCCACGGAUACUGUCUUGGCCCACGAAUACUGUCUAGGCCCACGGAUACUGUCUAGGCCCAUGGAUACUGUUUAGGCCCACGGAUACUGUCUAGUCCCACAGAUACUGUCUGGGCCCAUGAAUACUGUCUAGGCCCAUGAAUACUGUCUAGGCCUAUAGAUACUGUAUAGGCCAACGGAAACUGUCUAGGUCCAUACUUCUAACUCCGAAAACAAGACCACUCAUUUGUGACCAGGAAGCUCUACGACAACGCAUUCUUACGGAAGGAACUCGGUAAGUUACCAGUGACCUGCUAUCGAUUUCAAAUGAAUAGUCGCUCCAGACCCUUCAACUUUCUGAGGUAGGCGACUCGUGGUCAGUUUUCGUAUACAUGUCAAUUCUUUUGGCGAGACUGCUUUUGGUGAGUACUCUAACACUUUUGGUAUGCAGGAACCCGAAACACGAUCGCCAUCUCGCAUUUACGGCAACUAGGAUGCCAAAUCCAUCCCAAUGAUUUAAGGUGGUUGACCUUUUGAAAAGGGAAUCUGAUAACUUGGAGUUAGUCAAGCUGUUGCUGAUGGGAUGCCAACGCGUUUGAACUUUGGAUGACAUCCAAUAGUGGAGACAAGAUGAUCAACGAGAGCAUUACGAUGUCGUCAUUGGCAGACGAUUCCGUUGCCAUGGUGAGGAAUUCCGAAUAUGGCAGGCAAAAAUCCUGGCCAAAAGGAACUCUGAUAGAUGAUAUUGGAGCCACCUUGACAGGAGGGCCCGCGCAAAGAAUUACAUCCGGGGACUAUGAACCCAUGCCGGAGGAAAGCACAACAUCCGGGGACUACGAGAGGACUACAUCCGGGGACUACGAAUCCGCGCACGCGCAGAGAAUGACAUCCGGGGACUACGAAUCUGCUGCCCUGAGCGAUAGCCAAUGGCCGACCACAUGGACGCUGACGUCAAGCACCGCCUCUUCUUGUUCCCAACGUGUUGUCAUCAACAUCAGCGGACUUCGCUUUGAAACUUGCCUGCGAACAUUGAACAGAUACCCGAACACUCUUCUGGGAAGCCCAAUGCGCAGGAUGGAAUUCUGGGAUGAAUCACGUGAUGAGUUCUUCUUCGACAGAAAUCGGCCGAGUUUCGACGCCAUCUUGGAUUUCUACCAAACAGGUGGCAAAAUAAACCGACCACUUUGCGUGCCUCUAGAUGUGUUUUAUGAGGAACUCAAGUUUUUCGAUCUUGGCGAAGAAGCUCUGUCAAGGCUACGAAGAAACGAAGGGUAUUUGGACAAGGCAGAAGAGACGGUGCUACCAAAUAACGUGAUCUUAAGACAUCUAUGGCUCCUAUUUGAGUGUCCCGAUAGCUCCAUAGCUGCUCGAGUAGUGGCAUCACUGUCUGUAUGGUUCAUAGUUGUAUCUCUAGCGGUGUUGUGCCUUGAAAGUAUCCCAAGUUGGAAACCCAAACAUGUUACUAAAUCCUCUCUAGAAGACUUAUUGAAGGCCUUUCAUGAACCAUUCUUCCUGACAGAAAGUAUCUGCAUCGGAUGGUUUCUGAUAGAGUUUUUGAUACGAGCAAUUUCGUGUCCAUCCAAGAGAAAGUUUUUCUCACAAGCAAUGAAUAUUAUAGACUUGCUCGCCAUCUUGCCCUAUUUUAUAGAAAUCUUGGUCAUUAUCGUCGUGGAUUGGCUUGGGAUGUGGUCGGAUAAAAUCGAAGCAGUUUUCCGCGUGGCGCGAUUGGUCAGAGUGUUCCGGAUCUUCAAACUCACACGUCACUCUGCCGCCAUGAAAGUUCUCGCCAAAACUCUCCAGUCGAGCCUUGGAGAGUUAGCCCUGCUUUCCUUUUUCCUGGUACUCGCGACCCUUCUGUUUUCCACGUGCGUGUAUUUAGUGGAAGAAGGGAAAGAGGACAGCGAUUUUGAAAGUAUUCCCUCAGCGUUUUGGUGGACCAUCGUUACCAUGGUGACGGUUGGGUACGGCGACAUGAUACCAAAGACGCCCGGUGGUAAAGUGAUCGGGACGGUGUGCACCAUAGCUGGCGUUCUUGCGCUAGCACUUCCGGUUCCGGUUAUAGUUGCCAACUUCACCCGUUUCUACCACACACAAGGGAACAUCGAGGACCUAGGAGGAAACACCGCGAAGAAGGAAAAGCUGAAGUCUGGUUUCCAAAAACUGUCGCCUUAGCUAUACAAAUGUGAUAAAGUUGACAUACAAUAUUCCAGCUUGUAAAAACACUGUGCAAAAUUUGUGAAAACAACGACAACAUUAUGAAUAAUAAAAUCGUAUUCCAACUUAAAAACUCGUAUGACGUCAGCAAUAGGUGAAACGUUGUUGGUUAAGCUGAUAUCGUCGCCCGUCCAAGUUGAGACAGCUGAAGAAGAUCAGACUUAGCGAGUCAGUGGAAAUUCCGGUGAGUCCAUUUGUUGAGUGAAGGAACAGUUUAAUUCUCCAUCAUGUGAAUUUCUAUUAUCAACUGAGAUUAACUUUCGUGUUAACAACAGGUACAACAAAAUGAAGGUAUUGGCCAUCCAAAAACUAAAUCUUGCACGAACUUACCACAUCAUUGCGUACAUUCAACAUCGUGAAAAACUGUGUCUUAUAAUUGCCAACUAAAGAAGAGAACAUAGGCUCACUGAUUAGUUUGAAUGUUCAAGUUAUUGCUAAAGAUGUACAUUAGAAUAUAGAUUUACGUACUGAUUUGUUAGAAAGUUAAAGUUUUCGCUCAAGCAAUACAUUGCCAAUGUAAGUAAAUUCUUGGAUCAAA